UCUGGCAAUGAAUUUUGUUCAUACAACUGUACCAUAUUCAUCUGUAAUUUCUUCGCCUGCCAUUUCUGAGCUAACGCCACACAUCUUUGGCAUUGGUCACAACAGUGAAAUCUGUGACGAAUCAGUUGUCCUUGCUACUACCUCGGGAACUUCCCUUGGAUGGCCAAAUUCAUACCCAAACCAAUAUUACAAUAGCACCGCGUCUUCGUCCACUGCAGCCAAUGUUGCUGGAUAUUCUAAUCCUGUAGCAGCGAUAACGCCAGCGACCUCUACGAGGCCUAACAGCUACGUUUCAUCCGUGACCACUUUUUACGAAUCUUCGAACGAAAUUUCUUCACAGCAAUCAGUAGCACUAGUUUCACGUGCAAGUUUUCAGCCGUCUAACCAAAAUGCCUACUACGUAAAACAGCAUUCUUCAAAUAAAAGUCCUCCGCUUAACGGCAACAACAACAGCAGCAGCGACACAAAUGGAGGAUGCACGGAAAAGCACUUUUCGCUGUGCACAGUAUGCGGCGAUAAAGCAAGUGGCUAUCAUUACGGUGUUACUUCGUGCGAGGGUUGCAAGGUGUCUCUUUUAACCGUGCGUACUGGCUUCUUUCGACGAAGUAUUCAAAAGUGCAUGGAAUAUCGCUGUAUGCGUGACGGGCAGUGUCAGAUAUCUCGAAUGAACAGAAAUCGUUGUCAGUAUUGUCGAUUCAAGAAAUGCGUUGAUGUUGGCAUGUCUCGAGAUUUCCGAUAUGGUAGACAACCAAAACGGAUACGAAGCAACGUAACAAUUCGUACUGACCAAGCGAUUCUAAGCCAAUGGAAAGGUGACAGAAAAGACGAGCAACAGACUCAAGCAGGAAUUACACGCCCCGAUACUUCUGCAGAACUUAUAAUGCAUAUAUCGCACGCCUACAGCACUUAUUGUGCUCUUAACAAAUUUGCACCGGUUCAAGAAAGUCCAUUUGAAUUUAAAUUUUCUUCUAAAAUGGCAGAUAUUUUUUUGCAUCGCUUUUUUCAUCGUGAACUUAGAGGUCGCUAUAAACUUUUAUUUUAUUUAUUUACUUCUUUUUUUUUGCCGGAAUUCAAACAAAAGCCAACAAACGAAGAUGAACCAAUGAGUACCCAAGAACUAAUGGAAGAGCGACAGCUGGCAAUGUUGACCAGUAUUGCAUGCAAAAUAUUACCAGAAAUCGAACGUAUAGUUGGAUUUGUAAAAUGUAUACCAGGCUUUUUGGAACUACCUUCACCCGACGAACAAGAAUUGAUUAAAAGAGGAUUUUUUGCAAUGUGGUUGAUACAGUCGUUGCAUCUGUACAGUUCAACAGGUAAACUCAGUUUUGCUGAUGGUGUAACAAUUAGCCGUCAACAGUUGGAGCUUUUGUAUGGAGUUGAAUUGACUCUGAAAAUUCACGACACAAUGGCCUCGUUAAACUAUUUGUAUCUGACAGACAUAGAAAUUUCUCUGAUGAUGGCUCUUGCGCUUUUGGUAGAUGAUGACCGUUCUUUGGUCAAAAAAGAUGCUGUGCAACGACUGCGUCUGCAAAUUAUAGACGCAUUAACGGCGCAUGCCAACAAAACCCGCCCUUCACAACCAGAUUUCAUGCAGAAUAUCUUUGAAAAAUGUCAAGAACUAGAAAAUAUCGGUAAAAUGCACUGGUCGACACUUUCGUGGUACCGAGCGAACCGAUAUCGUUUAGUGCUUCCGUCACUUUUUGCUGAGAUCUUCGCGAUGAAUAAUCAACCAAAUGAAGAUAACCAUUAAGU